GGGCCGGGGGUCCAGCCGCCAGCUUGACCACGAAGGGGCGGGGCGGGGCUUGCAGCUCGGUACAGGAUUGGACAGGAAGCGGGGGUGGGGGGCCACCCCUGAGGAUCUUUACAGAUGUCAGGUGACUCAGCCCCAAAGGCGCGAAAGGGCAAGCGCGCGGGGUACGGAGUGGAAGGGGUGUCCUACAGCGGAAAACGGGGCUGAGGGGAGCAGGCGGGUCGGCAGCAGUUUCAGGAGACCAUACUUCCGACGUGGGGGUGGUACGCUCCAGGGGGCGGGACAGCCCACAGGGACCAAGAGCUGGGGCAGGUAGGGGCGUGGCCUUAGGGCUCCGCCUCUCCCGCCUCCUCGGCCCGGGGCUCCAAGCACACCGGACUCAGCUGCGCCACCGCCGCCCCAUCGCAGGGGCCAUGGGUCUCGGUCCCGCCUCGACCCCCCGCGAACCCGCCCCUUCUGCCGCUUGACUGAAGGCGCAGGUAAGGCAAGUAUCAGCCGGACCAGGGUGGGUGCAGGCUUCCGGAGAGAGUGAAGCGCUCCGGUUCUUCUCCGCAACCUUCCUCUAGCCCAGGGUCGCUGAAACUCCCUCCUUUGUCCCGGAGGCCUCUUGGUCCUCCGUCCCACCCCGGAAUGGCUCGCUUCCAGAGCUCUUGCGCGGAAUCCUGCUUGUAACUCAACUUCUGGGGCGGUCUGUCUGUCUCCCCUGCUCACGCUAAGUCACCUCUGCGCUUCGGCACUGCCCUCCGGGUGCUGACUAGGAACCUCGCUCUGGUGUGCUCACGCCCCCUGGCCUCUGCACUGGCACCAGUGUGACUUCAGACUGCCCUGCCCGCCGCUCGUGCUGCCUUUGUGCCCCAGCCAACCCUCCCACGCCCCUCGGAAACCACAGGUGACCAACCUGGUCUUAGAUUGGUGGCGCGAGGCUCUGAAUUGCCACGAAGAUGCAUCUGCUGUGGGUUCUUCAGAUUUUAAAAGAGCAGAAAACAAAAACAUCAGACAUCCCUCUGAAAAUUGUUAUGGCAGCAUUCAGCAGAGGCAAGCGGAUCUCUGAUUUUGAGGCUAGUCUGGUCUUAUAGGGAGUUCUAGGCCAGGUGGGAUAUGUAGAGGAACCCUGCUUGAGAUCACUCUGGCUCUCACCACAGACACCUUACCCAGAGGGCCUCUGGACCUGUGGAUUGCACUCAGGCAGUCUUGAUUCUCUGGCCACUGCCUGUUCCUUCCUCAGGGGCCACCUGCGCUGACCUCUCUCCUCCCAUAUCCACAGGUGGCCAUCAUGGGUCAGUGCUACUACAACGAGACCAUUGGCUUUUUCUACAAUAACAGUGGCAAGGAGCUCAGCCUUCAUUGGCGCCCCAAGGACGUGCUGGUGGUGGCCCUGGGGCUAACAGUCAGUGUGCUGGUGCUGCUCACCAACCUGCUGGUCAUCGCAGCCAUCGCCUCCAACCGGCGCUUCCACCAGCCCAUAUACUACCUUCUAGGCAACCUGGCUGCCGCUGACCUCUUUGCCGGCAUGGCCUACCUCUUCCUCAUGUUCCACACUGGCCCACGGACCGCCAGGCUCUCUGUCAAAGGCUGGUUCCUGAGACAGGGCCUGCUGGACACCAGCCUGACAGCGUCGGUGGCCACACUGCUGGCCAUCGCUGUGGAGCGGCACCGCAGUGUGAUGGCCGUGCAGCUCCACAGCCGCCUGCCCAGGGGCCGUGUGGUCGCCCUCAUUGUGGGCGUGUGGGCGGCCGCGCUGGGGCUGGGGCUGCUGCCUGCUCACUUCUGGCACUGCCUCUGUGACUUGGACAGGUGCUCACGGAUGGUGCCCCUGUUCAGCCGCUCGUACCUGGCUGUGUGGGCCCUCUCCAGCCUGCUCGUCUUCCUGCUCAUGUUAGCCGUCUACAUACGCAUUUUCUUCUAUGUGCGCAGACGGGUGGAACGCAUGGCAGAGCAUGUCAGCUGCCAUCCCCGCUACCGAGAGACGACACUCAGCCUAGUCAAGACUGUUGUCAUCAUCUUGGGGGCGUUCGUGGUGUGCUGGACGCCGGGCCAGGUGGUGCUGCUCCUGGACGGUCUGGACUGCAAAUCCUGCAAUGUCCUGGCUGUGGAGAAGUACUUCCUACUCCUGGCUGAGGCCAACUCCCUGGUGAAUGCAGUGGUGUACUCCUGCCGAGAUGCUGAGAUGCGCCGAACCUUCCGCCGCCUCCUGUGCUGCGUGUGCCUCCGCUGGCCCAACCACAAACCUGCCCGUUACGCAUCUUCUGCCCGGAUGGGUGCCAGCACCCGCAUCAUGCUUCCUGAGAAUGGCCACCCUCUGACGGACUCCACCCUUUAGCUUCUGUGGACUGAGGCAGGAGACAGGCUGCACACACGGACACUUGCGGUUCCCCUGGCUCAAUCCAGCCCCGCAGAUGCACGGCCCUCGAUGCUCCCAGGGCCUCGGGUGUGCCCACCUCAGGACAGGGAUCAGGGGGUAUCUCCAUGCACCUGGGAGAGCAUCCAAAGGUGCUUGGCAGUCUGGCUCUCAGUUAUCUUCUCAGGUUUUAGGUUUUUUUUAUCAGACAUUUUCAUAGUUUUACUGUAUGUCUCUGGUAUGUCCUGUGGACUCUUUCUUCCUACAUGGUGCUGUAGGUGUUCAGAGCAGAAGAGGUGAAGCUGUCCCAGGUUAGACUGGACCCACUGUUACAGGCUAGACUAUAGGGGUACUGUCUUCCUGAGGCUAGUUUAUCUUGGGUUUUUUGAGACAGGAUCUCAUGUAGCCUCGGCUGGCUUUGAAUUCACUGUAUAACUGAGGUUGGCCUUGAAUUCUUAAUCCUCCCGGCUCCACCUUCCAACGGCUGGCGCUCGAGUUGAUUCCUAAGAGUGUUGAUCAGCUUUUGCAUGGAGGAUCCCAUGAUACAGGGCAAGCCUUUCCACUCCUAUGUUGUCAGGGUCAUUUGCUUGGUUGAGGUUUUUUAUGUUAUUAAUUCAGGCAAUUUGUCCUUAUGUCCUAGAGUCAUCUAUCAUGUCUCACAGUUAGUGAGACUCCUUCAGCAUGGAAUCUCAGGCCCUGAAUUCAUUCCUGUUCUGUCCUCAGCGCCCUCUUCCUGAUGCCUGCCUCCCCCCCCCCCAGACAGGGUUUCUGUGGCCUAGGCCAGCCUUGAACUUGCUGCAUUCGUCCUGCCUCUCAGUCCUCUGUGCUGGGAUUAAAGCUAUAAUCCAGUCUUUCUCCUGGAGCCUUGCAUCUGUUUUCUUUUGCCAAAUGUUCUACCUGUCUCUGUCUCCCUCUUCAAAAACCUGUGGUGACUUCUGGUUGUGUUAGUCUUUUCCUUCUACUUGUCCCCGUUAUUAUUAUUAUUUUAGGCACAGUAUCUCACACAUAGCUCAGGCCAUCCUAGAACUCACUGUGUAGCUCAGGCUGACUCCCACCUCACAGCUGUCUUCCUGCCUCGGCUUCCUGAGUGCUGGGAUGAGAAGCCUGAGACCAUAUUGAGAAGUAGCCGGUGUCUGACUGCACAGCUUAGAAAUGACACAGACACACCAGGAGGGACAGAAAACCCCCGAGGAAGGGGCUUCAGUGUCCCAUGGAGCCUGGAAUUAAGCCACAAGUUUACCUGGACUUUCUGCUCUUCAGUCCCCUAAGAGCUGGGAGAUGCCAGGCCUGAGAUGAGAGUCUCUGGGCUCAGAGAAAGCCGUCCGUGCAGGCCCCUGCUCCACCUCACUGAAGGAAUCGGCUCUCAACCAGAUCCACAUGCCGAGCAGCUGCAGGAAUUUGAACCUCUGUCUUAUCUGAGGCCAAAUUCUUAAGACAUUAAAGCAUCCGUUUCCAAAGGA